UGUCUUGCCGCAACUCACCUCAUACCUUGAAUGAAUUCUCUAUAAUAUAUUCUCCGUUGCCGCAGCUUCUGCCAACCUCCGACCUAUUAUGGCUACUGAACCACUCAACCCCGUCCCUCCACCGUACUGGGCCGUGGCCUUGAACUCCCCUGCGCCGCAACCUUCCAAAGCAGCAUCCCGCAUUCCUGACCCUCCAGGCUUCUCUAGCAGCAAGGCAGGAGGAAAGAACCGCAAGGAACAAUCCACAUCCACCGCCGCAUCCAAAUCCGAGGAAACCGAUACGCUGAAGCUGAAGAAAGCAUGGGAGAUUGCUAUGGCACCCUCGAAACAGAUCCCCAUGAAUGCGAUCAUGAUGUACAUGUCCGGAAACAGCCUUCAGAUCUUCAGUAUUAUGAUGGUCUUCAUGCUCUUCAAGGGACCAAUCCAGGGCUUGAUCAACACGAACACGGUCUUCGCUAAAUUCGACACGGAAUCCACACGGGGAAAGCUACUUGGAGUGAAGGCUGUCUAUGUUUUAAUGCAAUUCGUGCUACUGGCGUUGGGGGUGUGGAAGGUUAAUGCGAUGGGUCUUCUACCAACUACAAGGUCAGACUGGUUAGCUUGGGAGUCUGAACGGCAACCUCUAGAGAGAGCUUAUUUUGCCUUAAGUUGAUAGGUGAUAAAAAACGACUGAAGAAAGUUAGAUGAAAGC